AUGUUCUCAAUGGGGCCUGAGCACAAAGAGAUGAACGAGAAUGUUAUGCAGAGAACUCAGGUGGAAGAGAGACCCUAUCAAUGUACCCAAUGUGGGAAAAGCUUCAAACACAAGUCAAACCUUUAUCAACACCAAAGAGUUCACACAGGAGAGGCCCCCUAUUUAUGUAUGUGGUGUGGGAAAAGCUAUAAGUCCAAGACGUCCCUUGUUCUGCAUGAAAGAAGUCACACGGGAGAGAAGCCCUAUAAAUGUGAGGAAUGUGGAAGAAGCUUCAGUCGUAAGUCAAGCCUUGCCUCACACCAAGUUAGCCACACUAAAGAGAAGCCUUAUAAAUGCUCAGAAUGCGGGCAGAGCUUCAGUCAUAAGUCCAACUUGAACGUACACCAGAGAACCCACACAGGGGAGAGGCCAUACAAAUGCUCAGAAUGUGGCAAGAGUUACCUAACUCAACCCAACCUUAGGGUGCAUCAAAGAAUCCACAAAAAAGAGAAGCCUUAUAAAUGUGAGAAAUGUGGAAGUAGCUUCAAACAAAAGAGCACUUUGAACGUACACCAGAGAACCCACACAGGGGAGAGGCCAUACAAAUGCUCAGAAUGUGGCAAGAGUUACAGUACCCGAUCCAACCUUAGGCAGCAUCAAAGAAUCCACACUAAAGAGAAGCCUUAUAAAUGCUCAAAAUGUGGGCAGAGCUUCAAUCGUAGCACACAUCUGAAAAGACACCACAGAACCCAUGAAGUGGAGAAAACAUACAAAUGCUCAAAAUGCGACAAGAACUUUACUUCUCCGUUUGAUCUCAUUAAACAUAACAGGAUGCACAUUGAAGAAGGACCUCACAAAUGCUCAGAAUGCGGAGAGAGCUUCAGACUGAGUGCUGCAUUGGGGCUGGAUAGUAGACCCAUUUUCCUUUCUACUUUCCUGGAGUUGAGAGACCUGUAUCUGUGCCCCAUGGAGGACCAUGACUCUAUGAAUCCUCACUGGCAGUGCUUUUUUGCGGGGGACGCAGAGUUGAUACCGGAGGAGAAGGAAGAGGAGCCUGCAAAUCUCCCUGAUGCAGGCCAGGCUCCAGUUUUAGUUGAGCAGAGGCAGCUGCAGAAGGAAAAUGAGGAGAACGAGGAGAGCAAGAUUAGCAGCGACCGAUCUGAAAUCGAAAGCACUCUGUUGACGUAA